CAGAAACGAGAGUAUUUGCAGAGCACAGCAGAUAGCAGAAUGGCUUUGCUAAUCACUAUCCUUUUAGCAAUUUUAUUUUCUGUUGUCAGUGGUCUUUAUCUGUUAGGGUCAUUUCGAAAAAGACGGUCUAAAGAGCCCCCCUUGGACAAAGGGCUACUACCUUGGCUUGGGCAUGUGCUAGACUUCAGAAAAGACACUGCUAAGUUCCUGGAACGAAUGUUUAAUCUACAUGGGGAUAUUUUCACUGUACAGAUUGCAGGCUAUUAUUUUACUUUUGUUAUGGAUCCCCUUUCAUUUGGGCCUGUUGUAAAAGAAGCCAGGGCUAAACUUGACUUUGAGAAAUUUGCUAGUGAACUGGUGGAGAGGGUGUUUGGUUAUCAUCCUAUAGAAGGUGACCACAAGCUGCUACAGGCUUCAAGCAACAAGCACCUGAUGGGAGAGGGACUGGUACUAAUGACUCAAGCUAUGAUGGAUAAUUUGCAGAACUUGAUGCUUUACAGCAUUAAUAGUAAUGAAAAUGGAAAGAAAGAAUGGAAACAAGAUGGACUAUUUAACUUCAGCUAUAAUAUUGUGUUUAGGGCUGGGUACCUGGCUUUAUUUGGUAAUGAGCCUAUAAAAAAAACAGGCAGCCUAGAAAAAUCAAAGGCGUAUGACCGUUCCCACUCUGAAGAGAUUUUUCAUGACUUCCGUAAAUAUGAUCGCCUCUUUCCUCGUCUUGCUUAUGGUGUACUUCCACCCAAAGAAAAAAUGGAAGCCGAAAGACUCAAAAGAAUGUUCUGGAACUUAGUAUCUAUAACAAAGAUGAGUGAGAAGGAAAAUAUUAGUCCUUGGAUAGCAGAGCAGCAACAGAGGAAAGCAGAAGCUGGAAUGCCUGAAUACAUGCAGGACCGAAACAUGUUCUUACUUCUGUGGGCUUCCCAAGGUAACACAGGACCCUCUUCUUUUUGGCUAAUCUUGUACCUCAUGAAAUACCCUGAUGCCAUGAAAGCAGUGAGAGAAGAGGUGGACAAGGUUCUUAAAGAAACAGGGCAAGAGGUGAAGCCAGGUGGCCCUCUGGUGAACCUCACAAGGGACAUGCUGCUCAAAACCCCAGUCCUUGACAGUGCAGUGGAUGAAAGCCUUCGAAUGACAGCUGCACCUGCCCUUAUCAGAGCUGUGAUGGAAGAUAUGAAUCUGCAGAUGGCUGAUGGGAGGGAGUAUGCCAUCCGCAAAGGGGACAGACUGGCUCUCUUCCCUUAUCUAGCUGUGCAGAUGGACCCAGAAGUGCAUCCUGAACCUCACAUAUUUAAAUAUGACCGUUUUCUGAACUCUGAUGGUACAAAAAAGAUUGAGUUCUACAAGAAUGGUAAAAGGUUGAAGUAUUACAAUAUGCCAUGGGGUGCAGGGGUCUCAAUGUGUCCUGGGAGAUUUUUUGCUGUUAAUGAACUUAAACAGUUUGUUUUCCUGAUGUUAACUUAUUUUGAAUUUGAACUAGUUAAUCCAAAUGAGGAGAUACCUCCAAUAGACUCUAAUCGUUGGGGCUUUGGUUCAAUGCAGCCAACCCAUGAUAUUAUGUUUAAAUAUAGACUGCGUUACUGAAAAUGUUUAGAAAACAAAAGGGUUUUAGUCACAUUUCUUUCUGUAUUAUUUUCAUGCAACCUAUGGCUGCAACCGUCACUUAAUAUUUUAUAUUAUAAUUAAAGCAAGGACUCCAUUUCCUCCAGUACAGUUUACUCACACAUUCAACUUUAUUGAUUUUUAAGGGAAAUUUUGACUUAAUAUUUUUAAGGCUCCCAAAAUGUAUGCUACAGGUUUAAACAAUGGUCAUCAAGUCUGAAGCAAAUGCAUAAGCUAUAUCAUCUGAUUCAGUUUAUACAGUUUUACUUCACAUAAAAUGGUCCUUUGAUCAGUGUUACUUUCAUGUAUUCAUCUUCAUUACUGGGAAUCUAAUUCAAUAGCAGUUUUAUAGGUUCAUAGAUUAGUACUAGGCUAACUGACCUUCUGGGUCAUUUUAAGCCUAGCCAAUUACCCCAUGUGAGAAUCAAGCCCUGUACCUUGUGUCUGUAAGGCAAACACCUUUACCAUUAUGCCAACCUUCCACCCCUGAAUGUGUUUUCUAAGGCAUGGUUUAGCAGUUUAGUACAGAACGUUAAGGCCAUGAAGUGCAUUAUUCUGGGUUUGAUUCCCUCACUUACUGAUAACAAGUAGUGUGACCUUGAGAAAUUCUCUCAACUAGACUGUGCUUUCUGACAUUUUGGAAUUUGGGCUACGCACCUUAAGGAUCUCCAGGACAGCAUGUCUCGCAACUAAGGAUGAACUAUGAACUUGCUUUUUUAAAUACUAAUCAUAGUGUAUUCAAUAUUAAUAUUAUUUAGAUGAAACUUGACUUUCUAAGAAACCUGGCACUCAAACUUAAUGAAAGUACUGAAGGCAACUCUUCCACUGUGCUCAUUUUUGUUGACAGGAAAAACAUAGUUACAGGAGCAAGUCAAUUGCGGUUCAUCUUGUUUAACUUCAAUUUUAUUCUUGCUGUUGAAAAGCUGAAUAAUCCUUUUAUUUAAAAAGUGUGAUUUUACAUCUUAAACGAAGAUUCUCUGAAAAAGAGAAUACUCAUAGAAACCACACAAAUUGACAGGAAUUCAUUCUCUGGCUGACAUAAAUAUAGAAAAAGUAUUAAUAAUGUGCCCUGACAGCUGAGGGAAGAGAUAAAUAGUCUAAAGCAUAACUGCUGCUGUGGAUGUGUUGUUUUUUAUUAUAGUAGGUUUGUCUCAAAACUGCAGUGAGAAACAAGUUUUAUCUAGAAAUGCAAGCACAUGUCAAGUAUUUUGUCUCAGUAUGAACUAGAAAAGAAACAAAUGCCUUUAAAAUGUUAAUUUCAUGGUGAAGUAAACAUAGACACUGGUAACAGCUUUGAAAUAGCAUAUUUUAGACAGCUUCUUUGGUGACACAAGUUAUGUUCAUGUUAUUUUUUUUAUCUGUUUACUAGGUAAAUAGAUUAAAUAAUUUAAAAGACAUUCCUCAGUCUUAAUCUGCUCCACAAAUCAAAAAGGUGCUCAGAAAAAUGUUACAUGUCUCAAUGAAGGCAUAUAAUAACAGGUCUCCAGUUCUACAGGAGAAUGAAAUGCACCCCAAAGGAAAAUAAAAAUCACAGCUUUUUGCAUUCUCACCAGAGGGCAGUUUCAUUUGUCUUGCAUAGAGCAAGUGUACAAGAAAUCGUACAGAGUGUUAUUAUAUCAGCCACUGUUUACUGAAACAUUUUUCUCUAGCAGCUAAAUUACAAAUGUCCCAAGGGCACCAAGUAGUAAGGGUUGUGCACAGGAGGGGAUUGCGGUAUUGCAUGUUACAUUUUUCUCUCCUAAUGUUCAUGAGAGAUUGCCUGCGCAUAGCACACUAAAACAGUCUAUAUAAUACCCAAACUGAAGGACCCUGGUAAAUCACAAAAACAUGCACAAAGAUGAGCAAACCACCAUUUAUCAAAGCAUCAUAGAAGACAUGCAAAUUUCCCCUAAAACAUAAUGUUUCAGCACACUGGCUCAUCAGGCCAAAAAGUCAGACUGUACCUGUUGGAUUAUGCAUGCAUCUGCUGUGAUAGUUUGGACUUCCCCAAAGGCAAAUACAUUGGAGGUUAAGCUGAAUCUUUCAGAUCCUCAUUAAACCUUCAACUUUCACUACAUAGAUGAACCAAAAUUAAGAUUUUAACAUAUAGUUAAUGGUGUUUGUUUUAUUUGCUUUUGGUCAUGAUUAAAGGCCUGAUUAUCAUGGUGCAUUCAUGUAAUAGUUUGUUAAACUUUAUUUAUUUCUGUCAUUUUUGAUGGGGGUAUUUGUACAUAUUCCUAGUAUGCCAUGAUGAAGGGAGGUUUAGAAAUAUCUCUGCACACUAAUAACAUAUUAUCUUGAAUAAAUGCGAUUACAUUCCUGGAAAAUCACUCUGUGUAUAGAUAAACCUUAUGUUCCAAGAAUUAUGUGUUGCCCAGUUGAUGGCAAACUGAUAAAGAUAACAUAAAAUAUACAAUGAGAUUACACAAUCUCAUGAUUUUUUCUACAGGCUUCUGUCACGCAACCUACAAGGCAUAAGCAAAGUUUUAUUUCUGAGUGAUUCUUCUGGGAAGUUGAUGACGACAGUUUAGCAAUACAGAGGUAACCUUAUAUGAUGACUUUUCAGCAUCAGAGGAAAACCAUUGCAUAGCCCCAGCAAGACCAUAAUGCACAGAAUUAAUAAUUCAAUUACAGUAUCCCCCCAAAACAAACACACAGGCAUAUUCAAGCACACUGUUCAGAGAAUUAUCGGUUUGCUGACCUAGCAGCUUAUCCUUGGCUCUGUAGACACAGAAAAGAUAUGUAGAUGCUGCACGGGAGGCAUCCAUUGGGUCAUAGAACCAAGAUCUGUGCGGUGCAGUCAUCACCUGCCUAUCUGUAGGCAGGACAGUCCCUAUAUGAGCAAUUGUAUCCUCCAAAAAGUCAUGAAAAUGGCAAAUGCUCUAAGAUUUGAAUACAAAAAAAUAUUUUUUUGAGUUUCCUAUAAUCCUUGCAUAAAACAAAUAUUGUGUAUCUGAAAUACCUUAAUAAGACAACAACAACAACUUAGAUUCUACACGUGUGUGGUUUUAAUUUGACAACAAAGUGAAUUCCAGUCCUUUGAACUAGUAGUCGGUACUUUGGACAUGUAAAGAGGUGCCUUAGUGUUAGGUAGCAACACUUAUGCGAUGCACCACUUUGCUUGUCAAGACACCUGUUCAUACCAUACUUAUUUUUGAAUCAGAAGUGGCUUCUACAUUAUCAAUAAAAUUUGACCUUAACUGCAAAAAGCUUGGUAUAUAUAUAUAUCAAAAUCAAGAAUUUUUGUUUAACUGCAAAUACGUAUGUGUUAUAUAAUUACACUGACUGCUUUCAUGCUAAGAUUAAUUUAAUAUAUUUGUUUCUAAGUGGAUUUGUCUUAAAACUGGAACUGCUCUGUAUUAAUGCUAUAAACAAGAAUUCUGAAUCGCUGUCUUCCACCCACAACCACCAAACCACAAUGCAGGAGGUUGUAUGUUACUUCCUAUCUACGUCUCUUUUCUUCUACGGUCCAUCUAUUUUGAGCUCAUUUGUUCUCUUGAACUGGGUGUUUGAGAGAUGACUGAAAAUGACAUUAUACAUGCAGACGUGGAAGCAGUUUGUGCUUUCACCUACACAAACUGAUGAAAUCUAUGAUACAGAUAUUUAGUGGCUGUAACCCUACUUUUGGGAUGGCUGACAUGGGUACUUGCAUCACCACAAGGGCUGUCAUACCCUCCCCUGUGAAUGUGUAAGCAAAUGAGGGCUUCUGUCACCAGCUUGACAGACGGAGUGCAUGCUCCCCUCAGUAUAUGCCAUUAUUUUCCUCCUCUCUCCUAACUUGGGUGAACCAGCUUUGUCCGCUCACACCCAUCUCCCCCAGGUCCUCCCGUCCCUGAGCCACUUCUUGAACUGAGGUCUCCUGAGUCACAGUUUGGGCUUUAACCAUUUAUAGAGUAGUUACAGAGUUGGCUGCAUGUAACAUGUCAGUCACGCAGCAGGCCAAGAAACAGAUGAGGUAAUUCUUCAUGCAUCUGCUUGAUGUACAUGCGGACUAAUGUUGAAAGAGUCUAACUUUUAGCAAUGCUUGUACAGACACAAAUUUAUUGUGAUGAGUAACUCUCUGAGUUGAGUAAACUAUGAAAUUAAUAUAAAUUGUAAAGAGGAAUGUUCUAUCCACAGUGUACAUCUCCAAUGACCUUAAAUGGCUUGAACAAUUCUGUUCUUCAGCUGUGAUGUUGGUAUGUAACAACACAAUUGUACAAAGCAAAGUGUAGCACAUAUAAAAGCUAACCUGCUAGCUGUUAACUGAACCAAUUUAUUCAGUUCAGCUGGUAGCUAAUCUCAGAUAUAACAGCAUAAUUGUAACACUUGCCAUUGUAUUUCAUAUAGUUCAUAUUUUUUUGUUUUGUAGAUGAGGAAAAAGAAAUCAGAAAAGCAAUAAAAAAGUGUUUUAAGUCAUA